UGGACGGUCUUUCAAGUCUCAGGUCCAGUUAAGCCAGUCACUCCACCCAACCAACCAGCGGUUGCAAAGUGGUAAUUUACUCAACAGAAAUUGCCAAGUCAAAUAUUGUCACAUCAAGUUCCGUUUCGGGUUCCGACGUAACAAGCGUUGGCUCCAGAGUGACGAGAUCCACCAAAACAAAACAAAACGACAGCCCAUUCGCGUCAGGAAAUGCCGCGCUCUGGCUGGCGCUAGCAGCUCGUAAUGGACCAAGUGGCGAAGAUGCGUUAAGUAAAGAAACCUUCUUUAACAGAGGGACACAUGCCUUCCCUCAAGAAAUUCGGGGGCCCAAGACGUGCGGUAACCUCUUAGGCGUCCACGGAGGAAACUAAGACUCCUCCCCAAAUAAUACCUAACGCCACCAACCGCACGCGCUCCCGGGAAAAGACAUGGCGCCCUCGCCGAUCGCCGGUUUCUGGAGCCGCGAGUCGGGUCCUCGAGCGGUCGGUGUCCGUGAUUGCCGACCCGUGGUCAGUGAGGACCGGGCCCUGCAAGGUGGAGGACAUGCUCUUGCAAGAUCCACAGAGCCACUGGCUUGAGGAAGCCCGCGAUGUUGGCACGACCAGAAGGCAGGCAGAUCCUGGGACAGCCGCAUACUCGAGGACCCCGGCGCUACGCGGCGCGGCUGGGAAGCGCGGAGUUUCAAAGCGGAGUUGCGGAUACGCUUGCUGACGCGGUCGGGAUGAAGCUGCACUGCGAGGUGGAGGUGGUCAGUCGGCAUUUGCCAGCCUUGGGGUUGAGGAACCGAGGCAAGGGCGUCCGGGCAGUGUUGAGCCUCGGUCAGCAGACGCCCAGGAGUCAGCCGCGGCCUCGGGCUGGGAGCGAGCGGGGUGGCGGGCACCCCGUCUGCCUGCUCAUCUGCACCCUGAAGGACAAGCGCGGGACCCGCUAUGAGCAGCUAAAGGAGAACAUUGAGCAGUUCUUCACCAAAUUUGUGGAUGAGGGGAAAGCCACUGUUCGGUUAAAGGAGCCUCCUGUCGAUAUCUGUCUUUGUAAGGCCAAUUCCAGCAGUUUAAAGGGGUUCCUUUCAGCAGUGAGACUGGCUCAUAGAGGCUGUGAUGUAGAGGCAUCACUUUCAACCCUCACACCAGUGAAGACCUCAGAAUUUGAAAAAUUUAAAACUAAAAUGGUUAUUACAUCCAAAAAGGACUAUCCUCUAAGCAAGAACUUCCCAUAUUCUCUGGAACAUCUUCAGACUUCAUAUUGUGGGCUUGUCCGAGUGGAUAUGCGUAUGCUUUGCUUAAAAAACCUUAGGAAAUUAGACUUGAGUCACAAUCAUAUAAAAAAGCUUCCAGCUACAAUUGGAGACCUCAUUCACCUUCAAGAACUUAACCUGAAUGACAAUCACUUGGAGUCAUUUAGUGUAGCUUUGUGUCAAUCGACGCUGCAAAAGUCACUUCGGAGUUUAGAUCUCAGCAAGAACAAAAUUAAGUCACUCCCUGUGCAGUUCUGUCAGCUCCAAGAACUUACAGAUUUAAAACUUGACGAUAAUGAAUUGAUUCGAUUUCCUUUCAAGAUGGGAAAAUUGAGAAAUCUGCGUUUUUUGUCAGCAGCUCGAAAUAAGCUUCCAUUUUUGCCUAGUGAAUUUAAAGAUUUAUCUCUUGAGUACUUGGAUCUUUUUGGAAAUACUUUUGAACAACCAAAAGCCCUUCCAGUGAUAAUGCUACAAACACCAUUAACUUUAUUGGAAUCUUCAGCACGAACCAUAUUAUAUAAUAGGAUUCCAUAUGGCUCUCAUAUCAUUCCUCUCCAUCUUUGCCAAGAUUUGGAUACUGCAAAAACCUGUGUUUGUGGAAGAUUCUGUCUAAGCUCUUUUAUUGAAGGAACUACUACCAUGAAUCUCCACUCUGUUGCUCACACUGUGGUCUUGGUAGAUAAUAUGGGUGGUACUGAAGCACCUGUUGUCUCUUACUUCUGUUCUCUAGCCUGUUAUGUAAAUUCCUGUGAUAUGUUAAAGUAAUAGACAUACCACAAAAGGAGAUUCCAUUUAGUUACAUAUGAGCUUGGGAUUCAUUUAAGGUUUAACAGUGUCAAAUUAAAGAAAGGGAAGCUUUUUGUAUACUUGUGUGGGAGGAAGAACAUUAUUUUAACAUUUUUACUCAUUUAACCAUAAAACCUUAAUUUCAUUAAAAUCUAAUUUUAUUGUGGAGCUAACAUUUUAUCCAUUUAUUGCACAUGUGAUUUCAGCCUAGUUUUCCAAAGUUGUUUGUGGGGUUAUCUUUUAACAUUAAACAGAUAUUGAUCCCAAUCACACUGGUCAUAGAAUUUUAUCAACUUUCUUCCUGCAUUUCAAUUGAAGAAAUUGAGUUUCUGUAUAUUUUCUCCAAGAAAAUAUAUCUUGGAGGACUAAUAUGAUCUAAAUUAUACUGAAAACCUGUUUGGUAUGAAACUACUACAAGUUUUUAAGUACAUAUUUUUUCAGGUAUAUUAUUCUGUAUACAGAAUUUUAUAUUCAGCAAGCAUAGAGUUGCUUUGGGAUCAACAGACAUCAGCGUUUGUUAAGUUUUAUAAUGGUAAUCACAUAAUCUUUUGUAAUUCUUGUGUUUUAAUUUUUAGGUUUGGAACGUUUUGGGGUUGGAGAGAACACAAUUAUUUUUACUUAUUACAUUCUCCAUUAUUUGAGUUCCUUUUUCAGUUAAUUAUUUUAGUCACUUUUAAUGUGUUUAAGGUUUUAAAUUUAAAAAAUGGUGGCAAUACAUAGUAGCUAAAGGAUGAUGAGAGGAUUUGAACUAGGGCAGAGGAAAUAGAAAAGGAACAAACUUCAAAGACUCAUGGAAAAUGGAACCAAUGGAACUCCAUUCUGUUCAUUCUCACUGCCCUUCCUCAAAACAACCUCUCUCCUAGAUCAUUACAAAUAGUCACAUAACUGAUUUCGAACGAAGGAGAUAAAGAAGUUACCAGAGAAAAUCCUCUCUGAUGUUUGCCUAUCAUUUUGGGCUUGGGAGGUAGAGGUGGGGGUCGUCUGUUUAAGAUAUUUUGUUAUGCUUUGUUCUUACUGAAAUAUUUGGAGCAUGUUUUUGUUUUCUGAAAAACACUAAUAUUCCUAAGUACUGUUUUAAAUGUUGGAAUAUUGUUAUUAAAAAUAUAGGUAUAUGAUCUCCAAGAUGUAGUUUCUUAAGAGCUGAUUGAGGCAUUGGUUCAGAGGAGUAAUUCUUUGGAUGACCUUAAAUUUUCAUUGCUAGUCAUCAAAUUCUUCCUGUAAGAUUUUUUAUAUAUAUAAAGCCACAUAUACUCAAAUAAAAAGGGCUGCCAUUUAUCUGUUACUUUCACCAAGUGUUUUAUAUAUGGUAUUUUAUUUAUUUAGUCCUCACAAAUUACCCUAUGAGAGAGAUACCAUGAAACCAGAUUAGAGAUUUUAAGCCCAGGCUUCAACCUUCUGAAGAUAAUUCACUUUUGGUCUUUAAACCCAAGAAUUCUGUAAUUAAAAUAUCCUAGGAUUUUCUGAACUCACAAAUUGGUGUGGGAUUGCCCAUAAAUAUAACCGUAUUAAAAUAUUC